UUGUACACUGACACAAUGUGGUCCGGCUGGGAGACAGCAAUGUAAUAAACUGCACGAUUCAUCCAAAGCUGAGCGGUAAAAUCAACACAACGUGACCAUGGAGCCAGCCAGUCUGGAGAACCUGCGCGUGUUGUACCACAGCGCUGACUUCAUCGUGGUCAACAAGCACUGGGACAUCCGCAUCGACAGCAAGAUGUGGUAUGAGAAACAGACCGUGCAGAGCCAGCUGAGACACCGCUUCCCGGAGCUGGCCGACCCCGGCACCUACUACGGCUUCAGGUUCUGUCACCAGCUGGAUUUCUCCACUAGUGGGGCGCUGUGUGUUGCCCUGAACAAGGCUGCUGCCGGGAGGGCAUACCGCUGCUUCAAAGAGCGCCUCGUCACCAAGGCCUACCUGGCACUGGUUCGAGGCUUCGUUGAGAGCGACAGGAUGACCCUGAAUUUCGCCAUUGGCAAAAACACCUCGGAGGGCAAGACUCACAUGAUGUGCAUCGAGGGAGUUCAGGGCUGUGAGAGUCCUAAACCGUGUCAGACAGAGCUUCUGGUGUUGGAGUAUGGUUCCUAUAAUGGAGACCCGGUCACCAAAGUCCUGCUUCAGCCACUAACAGGCCGGACACACCAGCUGAGGGUGCACUGUAGUGCCAUUGGCCACCCCAUUGUGGGCGACUUCACCUACAGCCUCCGCGCAGACAGCGCCCCCUAUCGCAUGAUGCUGCACGCCUACCUACUGCGCAUCCCGCUGGAGCAGGAGCCCAUCGAGGUCACGGCCCCCGACCCCUUCCUGCCCUCCCUUGACGCCAGUUGGGUCCCACAGCGAGCAGUCCUCUCACUAGAGGGCGCUCUGCAGGGCCUGCUGGAAUGCGGGAGAGAGGGAGAGGAAGAAUGCCCAGAGCAGGAUAUAGGGACCGGGGAGAAAAAGCACACCCCCUUAGAGAGCGAAGAGCAGAUUACACAGUGCCAGCAGUGGCUGUGUGAGUGGGCGCUGGACUAAAGGGAUGCACGCACACACACACACACACACACACACACACACACACACAUAUAUAGUAGAUCACGAACGAUGUUGGAUAUCACUGUCCCCUGCAGUCCCUGCUCACUGGGAUUGCAUCGUUUUUUUCACUUUUCUCCCACUGUGAUGUAACACCAUCUCUAUGCCUCCAAUCUCUGCUGACAGCCAACACCAGUGAGGGAGCUCUGAAGCUCUGAUCAGCAACGGCCUCCACAGCACGAGGAUGGUGUGUUUUAAUAUUUUAAUUAGUCUUACUACUGAAGUUCUUAACGACACCUGUAUAUCUUGGUAUGAUUGAGAGCGUGUUUAUGUAUGAAUGGGUUAAUUGUGUGAUUUGCAUUCUACAAGGUAUGAAGCUAACAACUCUAUUUUUAAAACUGGUCAGUGUUGGGAAUUUUAUACUUCAUUGGGGGGGGGUCUGAUGUAAGGUUUGGAAUAUUCUGUAGUUACGUAUAUCGUAUUGCACAGGGGAAGUGUUUCAAAGUCUUUCAAAGGCCUCUGAAUGGGGAAAAAGGUUUCCAUGACACAGGCUCUCACCAGCAUGCAGACGUGUACCUUUGUGCCCCCCAAAUGCAUGAGUAAUUUUCUCUGUAUUUCCUCAAUCUGUCCGAGUGGGACUCAGUAAAGUUUACUUAUAUUCCUCAGUUUAUGCCUCUGUGUUGGAACAGUGUCUGUAUCGUAUGUGUACUACAACUACAGCUGCCAGUGAUUUUUUUGCCAUUUUUUUGCCAACUACUUUUUUUUUACCUGUG